AUGGCUGAGACUCGAGUGGUUCCGAGUGGAAAAGUCUACAGACAUAUGUUUGAUGCUCAGGUUCAUUUGUCACUAUCUCUUCAUGAAACUCGGAGAAGGCGGGCUGCAAAUGCAGGCUGUCUCAGUGGAGAUGAUCCCCUGAGCAGAGACACAGAUACAGGAACACAAGAGCAUCCUUUAAGAAAUCACACUGGAGCUCAGCAAUGCUCAGAAGACAUCACCAUAAGGAACCAGUUAUUUUCAGGCCUAAGGCCUGUACAGAGUGGAGACCAGGAUGAUUCGGAAGAAAUCCGUGGGUUGCCAGACAAAGUUGUUUCAGCAAAGACCGGUUCAGACAUUAUUGAGAGACUUAUGGAGAAAAAACAAAGGGAUCACAUGGAAGCUCUUGCUCAGCUCCAGAGGGACCUUUCUGUGCUCAGUAUGGAGUAUGAACAGUUAUUUAUACAGACUGGAGAGGAUUUCAUUUUCAAACUGUCAGAAUAUGAUGAUAAAGUAGAAAGAAUGUUGCAGGAGACUGAAAGCUUUGUUGAUUUUGAAGCUUUUAGUUAUCAGGAUCUUCAUGAGUUUUGGGAUGUUGUGAGCCACGAAUCUGUUACGAGGAGAAAAUGUAUACAGGAGUUGGAUGAGACACUUCUCAAAUAUGAGACUGAGCGUGCAUCACAGAUUUCAGCACUCUUACGGAAAUACACUCUAAAACUUGAAAAAAUCAGUUACGUAAUGCCCUGUGAUGUUCACCGACUUAUUGAUAAUGAAGCCAUGAUGAUAAAUCAAGCACUCUUGGCAAAUAGACGAGCUGUCACCAAACUGCAUUUAAACUUGAUGGAAAAGCAUCUGCAAAAAGAUGUUUCUUACCACCUGAGAUGGGAGGCAAAACUUCAGGAUUGGAAGAAAAUCAAACUGCUUUCUGCAGUCAACCAAUUCAAAAGUUUUAUUGGCAGCCCUGAAAUUCAGAACCCCAAUACCGUACAAGAUACUUUGAAUUCAAUGCAGACCACCCAGCAAAUCUACAGUGAACAGCGUCUCAGAGUCCUUGAGCAAAUCAGAGCUAUGACUCCACCAAAAUGCACUAAAUCAAUAGCUGCUGAAUGGUACUUCUCUCUGUGUUCCAUUGAUGAGCAAAUAGAUUCUUUGCACAGUGGCACCAUGACAAAACUGCGUAAAUCUUUUGAGGAUACCGGGCAAGUCUGUCUGUCUGAAAUUGAAUGCUUCAGGAAUAAAGUAUCUACCUAUGGAUUCACCUCAGAUGAAAUACAAGAGAUAGUUAAUGCUGAGCUGCUACCUCUUAUUGACGAGUUCCAGACCCAAGCAGAGGAACAGUUAGCAGCAAUGGAUAGAGCUAUUGAGGAUUCAGCCAAGACUGCUGGCAUUAUGUGCAAGUCUUUAUUCAAGUUCCUGCAUGGAGCAGCUGAACUCUGGGAGGAGCACAGUGCAAAGCUGCAGAAGACAGACCAGCAUCUGCAGGAUCUUCUAGAUGAGGUCCGAGACACCUACGAACAACAAAACCAAAAGAAAGAGGCUCAACUGGAUUUGCUGAUGGACAAACUUAGGCAGGAAAGCACAGAGGACACCCUUAAAACUGCAUUGGAGAAGACACUAACCUUUUUGGAGGAGGUUAAGAAUGGGUAUGUUGCAUUAUAUAAAGCGGAGGUUGAAACCGUGGAGAGUUACCCUGCAAUGGUCCUUGAAGAAUUACGUACAUACAGCUCAUCGGUCAGUCGAUACUUUUUCGUCAAGGAAGUAUAUACUCAGAACCAUGAAGAGCUGCGGAUCCUUUAUCCUUCUCUUAUGUUUGAUGCUAGACAUACAUCUAACAUGAAGAAAAAGAGACUUUCAGUACAUCUGGAGAAAAAACCCUGCUCAAAUGUUCAGACGGAUCAUCCUCAAACACACUCCUCCCUGGAUUUUGCCCCCAAUGAUGAGGAACCUGAUUGUUCUCGACAGGAGUCCAGACAUUUUCAAGCCAAUGAAACUUUCAUUACCACAAAGGGAAAUGUGUACAACUGUCAGGCUUUUCUAAUUCAAUCUGAUCAUGAAGUAACAUUAAACAAUAUGAAACUGGAGCAAGCUUUCUAUCCAAAAACUCUCAUAAUCGAAUUACAAAAAGUUGUUAUAGAGGAGUUCUUUAAUCACCUGGAACAAAGAUAUCACUGGGUUUUAAAUGAUACAGUGGCCAUCAUGGAAGCCAAGAGACAGGAGCUAAAGUCUGAACUGGACCUUCGCCUCCAUCUUCACAAGCCAAGAACCAGGAGAAUCGAGAUGGACAUCCACAACGUUCGAGCAACUGAACUGAUCUUACAUCGAGAUCGAGUGGAUAGACACUGCAAAGGUAUUCUACAGGCUUUAACUGAUUUUCAAAAUGACUUUAAAGAUCUUCAGGCUUACCAGCACACAUUAAAGAAGGAAUUUCAUACUAAAAUCUCCAAAAUGGAGGAGACAUUGAUCACUGCUACCAAGUCUGAUAAGCUGGUUAAACUUAGUACUUCACUACAGACCAGCUUGGUUGAUCACAUGGCUGUUAUACAGAAAUCACAGAGGCAGUUUAGACAAAAUCUGGAGAUCAAAUUUGAGGGUCUUAGAGAAGCCAAUGCACAACUUAUGAAAUCUUUCAAGCUGUUUUCUGAAGGAGGAAAUUUUACACCCAAAGAGAUAGAGAAUUACCAAAAACGUUUAGAGAAAAUGGCUAAGCGCAUUGAUUUGGCUGACGAGGCAUUAAUGCAGGACAUGGAGGUCACAGAGUCCAAGAGCCUGGAACAGGCAAAAGAAAUAAUCAGCAAGGCUGAAGAGAAGUGUCAGUGUCUGACAGUAGAUCUGAUCUUCUUGGAGAAAAUUCAAAGAGUACUUACAAAUACACAAGUCAAAAUUAAAGCAGAGGUCAUGAAGAGCAACAUGCACAAAAAAACAAUCAACAAUAGGAUGACUGAACUGGAAGAAAUGCUUGAUGCUUACAGUCAACCUUGUCCAGACAAAAAGGCAGUUACAUCAGACGAUGUCUUUAAUUUAACAACAUACCUAAUAGAAGAAUUACGAAAGAGAUGUCAGUACCUCAACUGCUAUUUGGACCACCAUAUGGCUGUUCCAGUGCCUGACACUCCAUUGCAGGGGGCAUUUGCUGUGGCUGCUCGGCCACGGUCCCGUAUGCAGGAGAAGAUGAAAAACCCUGAUGAGGACUCUCUUCUUCAGCCCAGCCGCAUGGGAACUGCCUUCGUGGAUGAUGCUGCUUUGGGAGUGAUCAAAGGGCUGCUCAGAAUAAGCAAACCUCAAGCCAACCAAAUGGUCAGUGGAGAUCUAGGGGAGAAAGGCCAAACAGCAGUAACAGUUCCUGUUGCACCGAGCUCUCCUGCAGGGUCAGGUCAAAAGUCAGCCAGAUGUUGGAUCCCAUCAGGUGUGGAGACCCUGCACAGGAGAUCAGCUGAGUCUGUCAGCUCACUCAGUGUGAAGAGAUUGUCCAAACCCACACGCUUCGAUAAGAGAUUUCAAGUGUUUGGCUCUAAACCUGAAGCCCAACAAAAACUUGUCACUUUCAAAGUUUUCAUCACCAGUAUUCUGUGGGAAGCUAAUGAUGGUCUCCUCAGGAUGGCUGAGGACUACUACAAAAAGAAGGAGCGUCGCCCAAUAAGCCGACCUCAGUACAUACAGGAUACAUUUGAACAGUGUGCUGAGGAGUUAAACAAGAGACUCCUUGUCUACCAGAGUCAGACUGAAGAGUACCACAGUGGUUGUGUGCAAGAGUUCCAGCAGCAGUUGAAGACAAUUGAAAAGUUUGUUUCUCAGGUGCCUGAAGCACUACUCACAACACUGAAAGACCAGCAUUUGGAGGAUCUGAAUCAGAGUAUGAAGCUCAUUCACCAACAGUUUGAAAUGUCUCAACAACAAAGUGAGCAAAAGAAGAAAGAACACAGCAGUCAACUGCGUGUACGUCUAAGCCACCCAGCCUGUGAGGAAGAGCUGAACCGUCUAGUUACAGCUGAAGACAACAGGCAUGAUGAACAGAAAACAGCUAUUCAGUUUAACAGACUGGAACUCCAGGCCUUUAUUAUGAAGAAUGCAGACGAGUUUGUGACUGUUCUCGCCACAUUGACUGAGAACUUGCUUUUUCAAUUGGACAACAUCCUGAUGCCCAGUGAGGUCCAAGGUGGAUUGGUAGUUUCAAAACAGGAAAAAAUCACACCCCUUAUUCACCAUAGACUAGCUGGUACUCUGCUGAAGGACAAAGACUUUUUAUUUGAGAGAGGGAGCAGAACUUGGCCAGGAAUUCGUUACUAUAAAGCCACCGAUGACUCGUCUGAAAACCAACAACAGCGAGAGACAGCCAGCAUCACUACAGCUAAAACCACUAUGGCACAUCUUCAGGCUAUAGAGGUUCGAAAUGCACUGCAUCAGAGCUAUGAGCAGAAGAUCAUGAAGGAACUGGAGAAAGUACAAAAAUUCAGCCAAGAGCAGGAAGCUGAGCUGCUGCGUUGGCAGACGCAUUGGCGAGACCAGUUAAAGACUCUCUCCUCACUCAACUCAGGAUAAAAAAGGACUCAUCGCUUUCGUAGAAGAAUAUCCCAGCUCUCUCUCCAGCGCAGUGUGCGCAGCUGCUCUGAAGUUAGCUCUGGCUGGCCAUAUGUGAGGGGGCUGAAGGUAUGAUAGCAAAGAUACACUGAGCACAAAGUUGCCAGGAUUACUCCACCAAACGCCUUUUGAUGAGUGGGAGAUCUGAAGAGACAAAAAAAAACACACACACAGCCAUGGAAACCCUUGUAGUACAAAGCCAUGUUGAAUUAAAGUCUACAGUCUACACAGACAAACCAAAA